GCGACGCUAGCUCAUGCUUCUGAAACAAAGCUAAGGACGCUUGCUUUGAUUAUUUUAAUUAUAAUAGCCCAUUUUGGGCAACUGCUCAAAUAUUAAAUUAAAACAGUCGUUAUACGGAAUAUCACCAAAGACAGCAUGGCUGCAGACUGGUUGGGUAGUCUGGUCUCGAUAAACUGCGGAGAAACUCUGGGGGUGUACCAAGGUGAGGUGUCGUCUGUGGACCAGUCCAGCCAGACCAUCUCCCUCAAACAGCCCUUCCACAAUGGAGUCAAGUGCCCUGUGCCCGAGGUCACUUUUAGUGCCAUGGACAUCAAGGAGCUGAAGGUCCUGGAUAUAGUGAGUGGUAGAGGUGUUGUGGUUCCGAAGAGCAGCGAUCCGGUCUCAGUCCCACACAGAGGACAGCAUAAGACCCAGGACAGGCUGUCUUCACCGCAACAGCUGUGUUCUAAAAGCUAUGGAGAUAAACACCUGGACGGGCCGGGCCAGCCCAGGGGUUUCCGACGGAGACACAACUCCUGUUAG